ACUUAGUUUUCUUUUCCUGUUUUAUUUUGGAUGAACCUGUUAGUAUUCAAUCUUCUGGUUGUUUUUUUGGGCAAAUUUAGAGAAUCUUGCUUUUUGUGUGAACCUUCUUCAACAUGGGGGUUUUAGGUGCAAAUGGUUGGAUUAUUGUGUGUUUAUGAACAUUGUCUCUUAGAUUAGAUCCCCCACAAUAAACCUACAUGUAUAAACACCUAAAGUUUCAAGCUUUGUAAUUCCCCAGUUUGUUCUAACCGUAAAGAAGAUGAAGUUUGGGGGGUGAAAAGGACUUCUUUACGUUACUUUUAAGGAAAAUGGUAUUAGCUUUGUGCUAAAACUAACUACAAAAGGUGGUAUUUCUUCUACCUGUGAUGACUAUUAGCUUGUUGUACCAAAAUGGAUGCUCUUAAGGAUUUGUGCUAAUGAAUUGUUUGGUGAUUCAUCCCCAAGCGAAAAUUUAGUCCUUUCCUUUCUGAAGACUUUUAGCCAUUGUAUUGUUUCGAGGCUACUUGGUAUGGGAGUUGUGACUGUUUCAAGCGCUGCAGCACGAACUCCUUUUCGGCUGGGUGUGAAAUUUUCUAAUCACAGUUCUACAUUGAAAAGACCAUCGAUUGUUGCUUUUAAAGCAGAUAAGCACACAAACACGACACUGGUCUCACCCCACGAGCAAGUAACAUUGCCUGUGGAGAGUAAUAACAGAAGGAAGAAAAGAUCAGGAAAUACUAGCAAACCGUUGAAGAGAGUUAAAGCUGUCCUUAUAGAUGAAGCUACUCCAUGUUCUCUGGAUUUGGAUUACAAUGAGGCUGCUGCUAAACUUGAAAACAUUUUCAAGCUUAGCCCUAUGACUGAGGAUUCUGAUAAGGAGUGUAAAGAUGGCAGAUCAAAAAGAGGACAGAAAAGGAGCAAAAAAUCAGCCAAUAGACCAGGUGAUGGCAUUGUCAGGAACCAAACUAAGAGGAUUAAGCGACUAGAUCUCGAUAAAAGGAUUGCAUUGAAAAACAAAAAGGAAGGCAAAGCGGUUGCUUUAUUAAGGAAACAAAAAGAUACUAAAAAUGAAGCUGAUGAGAUUGAUGGUCUGCUAUUAAAUCUUGAAAAGAGGAUAGCAUUGAAAAGUAACAAGGAAGGAAAAGCGGUUCCUUCAUUAAGGAAACAGAAAGAAACCAAAAAUGAAGAUGAUGAGAUUGAUAGGCUUGUAAGAGACUACUCUGCUUCAACUGAUUUGGUUAGCUUAGACUGGAAGAAAAUGAAGAUUCCUCCUGUUCUUCCUUCAUCAGAGCAUACCCGCUUGUUCAAGUUGGUCCAGCCAAUGAAGGCACUUGUUGAAGUACAAGAGGAGCUGCAGAAAGGGUUAGGAAGAGAACCAACUGAAGGGGAAUUGGCAAAUGCAACGAAUAUGAAUGUAAUUCAAGUAAGGAGACAACUGGAGGUCGGUCGUGCUGCCAGAAAUAAGCUCAUUAAGCACAAUCUACGCCUUGUAUUAUUUGUAAUCAACAAAUACUUUGAAGAUUUUGCAAGUGGGCCAAAAUUUCAAGACCUUUGUCAAGCAGGAGUCAAGGGACUCAUUACAGCAAUUGAUCGAUUUGAGCCAAAGAGGAAAUUUCGGCUAUCGACUUAUGCUUUAUUUUGGAUAAGGCAUGCUAUUAUCCGGUCAAUGACUCUGUCAAGCUUCACACGUGUCUCAUUUGGACUUGAUUCGGUAAGAGUUGAAAUUCAAAGAGCUAAACUUGAGUUAUUAUGUGAGCUUCAUAGAUUACCAACAGAGGGAGAGAUAACUGCAAAAGUUGGCAUCUCACAAGAGAGGUACCUAGAAGUAAUGAGAGCUACAAAACCAGUUUACUCUCUCCAUUCAAGGCACUCAACUACAUCGGAAGAGUUGAUCAAUGGGAUCACUGAUGUAGAAGGCACGGGAGGUGACAACCGAAGGCAACCAGCUCUUCUGAGGCUUGCUUUAGACGAUGUGCUUGAUUCUCUUAAGCCAAAGGAGAGCUUGGUGAUCAGACAGAGAUACGGUCUCGAUGGCAAAGGAAACCGAACAUUAGGUGAGAUAGCCGGAAAUCUAAAUAUUUCAAGGGAAAUGGUUCGAAAGCAUGAAGUGAAAGCUCUCAUGAAGCUGAAGCAUCCUGCAAGAGUCGAUUACCUUCGUAGGUAUUUAAUCUGAACGGAUGAGAACAUCAUGCUUUGUUUCAAUGAUCUUGUACUCUGGAUAAUUUGUUAUGGCCAAAACAUCUCAAGGGGCAAGAGAUUUGUACCAUAUAUUUGUAACUACUUGAAUAUAGAAACCUCACACCAUAUGAUUCAUAUUUUGAAGGACAUUACAAUUGGUAGCUCUGCUACUUUCUUUGUAGGAAGAAGAGAGUUUUAUAGGAGAAAAAUAGCGACCCCCCCUGUAUACACAGUAUUAUGUUCUAGAAAUAUAUUAUACUGUUUACAAGUUA